AUGCUAAUUAAUUAUUCUCUCGGCACUUGUGACUUGUCCAAGGCGCGCAGUGUGUAUUGUGCUUGUUCAAGAGGAAGACAUGGAAGGGAAGGAAGAGACAUCGAGUUCUCAGAGAUGCAGCCGAUAGGGAUGGCCGCUCAGGCAGACGACAAGCACUUCGUAGACACACCGCCAGUUCCCCUGUUUGAUCCUGCCGAGCUCAGCUCAUGGUCCUUCUACAGAGCCGGGAUCGCUCAGUUCAUGGCCAUCUUCCUCUUCCUCUACAUCACCAUCCUCACCGUCACGGGGAUGGUCGGGUCCAGCUCCAGGUGGUCCACUGUCUGGGCCCUUGGCGGCGUGAUCUUUGCCUUGGCCUACUGCACCGGCGGCGUCUCAGAUGGACACAUCAACCCUGCGGUGACCUUCGGGCUGUUCUUAGCAAGGAAACUGUCCCUGGCCAGGGCCCUGUUCUACAUGGUCAUGCAGUGCCUGGGUGCCAUCUGCGGUGCAGGUACUGUGAAGUGGCUCCAGAAGGGGGUGUAUGAGAACAAUGGAGGUGGUACAAGUGUGGUGGCGGCGGCUGGCUACGCCAAGGGUAAUGGCCUGGGCGCAGAGAUUCUGACCACCUUCCUCUUUGUCUGCAUGGUCUUCUAUGCCACUGUUUUCAAGAGGAGGGCCAGGGGCUCUCGUUUUCCUAUCCCUUGCAACUUGUCUAUUGGCUCUACUGUCUUCCUGUUUCAUCCCAUUUAUAUUGGAACUGGAAUCAACCCUGCAAGGAGCCUUGGAACUGCAAUUAUCUACGACGAGGGUCAUGCCUGGGAUGACCAUUGGAUUGUCUGGGUUGGACCCUUCAUUGGAGCUGCUCUGGCUGCCUUGUGCCGCCGGAUAGUGGUCGAGAGCAGAGGCUGA